AUGAAUGGAGGCUUUCAGAGCCACCUGAGUGAAGGCCAAGGCGACCUGGAUAAAGUGGUGGAGGAGGAGAUAGCAGAGAUGAGAGACACGAAAAUUCAGGACACAUCCUGGAGUUGUACGGAUGUUCUGUGCUGUAUGAUCUUCAUACUGUUUGUUGUGGGCUACAUUCUGUUAGGACUCCUGGCUUGGACACACGGUGACCCCAGGAGAGUGGCCUAUCCUACAGACAGCCAGGGACACUUUUGUGGCCAGAAGGGAACCCCCAAUGAGAACAAGACCGUUUUGUUUUACUUUAACCUGUUCAGGUGUACCAGCUCCUCCGUGAUGUUCAGGCUCCAGUGCCCUACUACACAGAUCUGUGUCUCCAGGUGCCCAGAGAAAUUUCUAACCUACGUGGAAAUGCAGUUUUUGAGUAAAGAAGACAAAAGCCACUGGGAAUACUAUCGCCAGUUCUGCAAGGCCACGGCCAGGCCGGCAAAGUCUCUCUCAGAUCUUCUGUCCCAUGGCGACUGUCCCCCAGCAGUCUAUCCAAGCAGACCCUUCCUGCAGAGAUGCUUGCCUGACUUCUCGACCGUCAACGGAGUUUUAACAGUAGGAAGCAGGAUGCAGAUUGAAGACGGAACUGGGAAGACCAGAAGUAUUGUAGAGCUCAGGGAGGCUGCAAUGGGCAUCAGUAAAAUCUUUGAUGCCAGGACAAUCGGACUGAAGGUGUUUGAAGACUACGCGACCUCGUGGAAAUGGAUCCUCAUUGGCCUGACCAUCGCUAUGGCACUGAGCUGCAGUUUUCUGAUACUCCUGAGGUACAUAGCUGGAUUCCUCUUCUGGCUCUUCACGUUUGGUGUGCUUGGAAUUAUAGGAUAUGGCAUAUGGUUCUGUUAUCAAGAGUACGAUGUCCUCCAGCAGAAACCAGAGUCCACCAUCCUGAUCUACGACAUCGGAGUUCAGAGCAGCAUAAACAUGUUCUUCCAGCUGAAGCAGACAUGGUUCUCGAUGAUGAUCAUCUUGUCCGUCAUCGAGGCCAUCCUCAUCAUCGUGCUCAUCUUCCUCAGGAAUCGAAUCCGACUAGCCAUCGUCAUGCUGGAGGAAGGAAGCAAGGCCAUCGGCUACAUCCCCAGCACGCUGAUGUACCCGAUUUUAACUUUCAUCUUGCUGUCCAUCUGCAUCUCCUACUGGGCGGUGACAGCCGUUUUCUUGGCUACAUCAGGAGUACCAAUAUUCAAAGUUAUGGUCCCAGAGGGGAAAUGUAUCUAUGAAGAUGAAACUUGUGACCCAGAUAUUUUCCCUGAAACUAACAUUCCCAAAGUCUGCCCCGGGGCAUCCUGUAACUUCGCUUCCUACAGUGGCAAGAAUGAGUAUCACAAUUACAUCAUGACCUUCCAGAUGUACAACCUCUUUGCCUUCCUCUGGCUUAUAAACUUUGUCAUUGCGUUGGGUCAGUGCACUCUUGCGGGGGCCUUUGCUUCAUACUACUGGGCCAUGAGGAAACCCCAGGACAUCCCGAAAUACCCGCUCUUCAUUGCCUUCGGACGAGCGGUGCGAUACCACACGGGGUCCCUGGCCUUCGGAUCAUUGGUCCUCGCAUCAGUCCAGAUGUUCAAAGUGAUCUUAGAGUACCUGGACAGGCGGCUGAAAAAGGCACAGAACAGUAUUUCCAAGUUCCUCCAGUGCUGCCUGCGGUGCUGUUUCUGGUGUUUGGAAAAGAUGGUGAAGUUUUUAAACAGAAAUGCAUAUAUCAUGAUCGCAUUAUAUGGCAAAAAUUUCUGUGAGUCAACAAAAGAUGCUUUCUAUCUGCUCAUGAGAAACAUUUUGAAAGUCGCAGUUACAGAUGAAGUCACACACUUUGUAUUACUCCUGGGGAAAAUUCUAGUGUCUGGGAUUGUAGGUAUCCUGGCCUUCCUACUCUUCACAGAGAGGCUGGAAAGGAUUGUAGAAGGACCGACGACUUUAAAUUACUACUGGGUACCUUUCCUGACUCUGGUGGUUGGAUCUUACCUGAUUGCUCAUGGGUGCUUCAGUGUCUACUCAAUGUGUGUUGAGACCAUUUUCGUCUGCUUCUUGGAAGACUUAGAAAGAAACGAAGGCUCUCCUUCCAGACCCUAUUUCGUGACUCCGACCCUAAUGAAACUUUUGAUGGAGCGCAAAACGGAUAAGAAGCAGUAG